CCACUGUUAUUCUAACUUGCUAACGCGAUGUAGAGAGUAACCGCCAUUCUCGAAUCAUCUGCUAAAUCAAGUUUUGACAUGUGAAUGAGUUUAUAAACCAAAACAGUUACUGUUGUUUACCCACGUGUAGACCAGAACAAGUCAGACCUACAGAAAGCACCAUGGAUAAGCCACAAAUUAUUGCUCACAUCCAGAAGCCUUUGGAAUACACUCUUUUCGAUGCUAAAUGGGUUCCAUGUUCUGCUAAGUUCGUGGUAAUUGGGGGAUUUGCAAGGGGAACAGGGGCAAUACAGGUGUAUGAAGUAUCACAUGGCGACGUCAAACUGGUUCACAAGGUUGAAAAGGCCAAAACAUUUAAAUGUUCAACAUUUGGAGCAUCAACACUGCAGCAACGUUUCCUAGCAACAGGGGAUUUUGAUGGGAAGAUGCAGAUGUGGAACCUCGAGUCCACUGAACUGCCUGUGUAUUCAGUGAAGGCCCACAAGGAGAUCAUCAACUGUAUUGAUGGUGUGGGAGGCCUGGGUAUAGGAGAAGGGGCACCUGAGAUUGUCACAGGCAGUCGAGAUGGGUCUGUGAAAGUUUGGGAUCCCCGACAGAAAAAUGACCCAGUGGCAACAAUGGAGCCAGGGGAAGGAGAGACAAAGAGAGAUUGUUGGAGUGUGGCUUUUGGUAAUGCGUACAACGCCCAGGAGAGAUGCGUGUGUGCUGGAUAUGAUAACGGGGAUGUCAAGCUGUUCGACCUCAGAAACAUGGCACUCAAAUGGGAAACAAACAUAAAAAAUGGGGUGUGUGGUGUGGAGUUUGACAGGAAGGACAUCAACAUGAACAAGCUGGCAGCCACAACCCUGGAGGCCAAGUUCCAUGUGUUUGAUAUGAGGACCCAGCAUCCCAAGAAGGGCUUCACAGGCUUGUCGGAGAAAGCACACAAGUCCACAGUGUGGUUGGCACGGCAUCUGCCCCAGAACAGAGAUAUCUUCAUGACAGGUGGAGGCAAUGGAUCCCUCAACUUGUGGAAAUACUCCUACCCCGACAAGCGUGUUGUAGAAGACGGUGACGGUGUCGCCAUGGGAGUAGUCGGCUCGGUCAACUUGUUGCAGAAUGUCACAAUGUCCACUCAGCCAAUCAGCAGCUUUGACUGGAGCCCAGACAAGGAGGGACUUUGUGUGUGUACAUCAUUUGACCAGAACCUCCGAGUGUUGAUUGUUACCAAGCUCAACAAAGUGUAACAAACAGCUUACAUGAAACACCAGUUCACCCAUAUCGGAGACAUUUCACGGAAUGGUGCAUGCAUUAAAUCAUUCACAGCAUACAGUGUAUUCAAUCUCAUCAAAAUCAGAUCUCCCAUACAAUUCCUCUCUCUAUGACAAAAUCUCAUCACACCUCAGUAGAAGGUCGUGUCAGGUGAACCUUUUGUGAACUUUGACAACCAUUGUAAAUAAAGGUUGUUUUGUUCCUUGAGCCUAUGUCAGCUUUGUAAAACACAUUUUUGCUUCACUCAUUGCCUUGAUUUGGAAAUUUCUAUCUAUUAAGCAAAAUAGAAAAAUGCUAGAAAAUGCAAAUAUGCCCUUGAUAGUACACUCUUUUGGAUAUAGAUGAUGUAACACUCAAAGAAAAAACAUCAGGAUGUGUAAAUUACCCACAAUACUAUAAUGUUUUGUUUUCACAUUAGGUUAUAGUCAUUUUCAAGAUACAGAAAUCAGAUGUACUUGUCUGAAUGCUUCGCUCGUUCGCACUGAGACUUGGUUGAUUGGAGAGUUCACCUGAUAAUGGCGGUAUCCUGAGAUCUCCACACAGUGAGGUAUUGUCUCAAGAGUAGGGGAUUGGAUUGCAAUGGGACUGAUAGUGUAUUCCACUUGGUCAUACUAGUGUCAUUGCAGGGAAAGUGUCCAGCACCCGCCCACACAUCCCAAGCAAUCUGCUCAGUCUCCAUAGCAUCCUUUGGGGGUUGCAUUUUUUACAUUGUUGAAAAAAACUGAAUCAUUUUCUCGGUUAUUUAUUUCAGGUAUAUUUAUAAGCAUUAUUGAAAUGUUUUAAUUUUCUGUUCAGUGAUUUCCAUAUUUUUGUAUGAGACAUUUUGUACUUGAUAUGUAUAUACUGUGUUGACAUUCCCCCACACUGAUGGUUGUCCGUCCAGCGUGGUCACAGAGUUGUGGUCCACAUCACUCAUCUUGUUCUACAUCGGAUGUGGUCAUAAAAUUGUAUCAUGAAUCCAAAA